AAACGCGCAAAGACGCGCGAAUCGAUCCUAUUGGCCGGAAACAUGAAUCAUCUAGCGGGGAAUGACGAACGAGAUCACGACUCCGAGGGGUAUAUAUAUAAACUCCAGAUGUGCAGAACAUCAAUCCAAAAGCUACGAGGCACCACAGAUCGCAAAGCACGCGUUUGGGUCCAGUGCGCAAUGGAGAGGUCCGUCAGAUCCGUGCUCGUGUUCGUGGCCGUUUCCAUCCUCAUCUCCAGCCAUCCCACAGACGCCUGGUACAAGCAGUCCACCGGGCCGAGCUACUAUUCCGUCGGGAGAGCCUCGGGUUUGCUGUCCGGGAUCCGGAGGUCGCCGUACGUGCGCAGAUCUGAGACGGAAUCGGCGCUGGACAGCAGCGAGACCCCCGGCGUCUCCAACAGCGUGAUGCCCGACUUCAGCAGCAGACCAACUCCGGUUCUUAAAAACAUGGCCAUCUGCGUAAAGGACAUUUCUCCAAACCUACAGAGCUGCGAGCUGGUCCAGGACGGUUCGAGCACGUUUCGGUGCAAAGCAGACGUGUUUCUCUCGCUCGACUCGCUGGACUGCUUCUCCUCCUGAGCGGAACCCGUCUCUCUCCUUCCCCCGACCCGAAGUCUCUUCCAUUUCAGGAGCGUUUACAGCCAAGGCAGCGAGGCGCGCUGUUGACAUUGAAUGUUUACUUGAUUUACAACCGGGGAUGUUCGGCGCUGCCCAACGAAGACAUGCUUUCCUGCAAAGUUUAGUUAUGCGCCGUGAUAAUCGUUUUCAUUUCGACCGAUAAAUCGCUGACUUCACGGUAAUUCCAUUCGCGGAAAGCGAAAGUUCGAAGACGUUCGAAUCGUUAGCCGCCAAAUGGCGGGAAAAAAAAAAAAAGUGAAGUAAACUAUUUGCGCUACAAACUAGUGCGUUUAUAAUUACAGACACAGCGUUCGAAUAAUAUGAAAAUAAACACGUUUGCGACACAAAGAAGCAUAACGAGCCGCUAAAAACAAUCGUAAAAUAUUAAAAUAUUUAAGUUCAAUAUUAGCCACGCCCACUCUCAAAAGAGUUAAAAAUCAAGUUGGACACGUUUCGUCAUACACAGAAAUCUCUUAUUCUUUUUAAAGUGAAAUUUGGUAAUGAAACGUAGCUACGGUUUCGCAUAAAGCAAAGCGAAGUCAAACCGAAUUCGGGUCACUCCCAGUGUGAACGCACUCGGCGUCGGCUAUAUUUUGCAGGAAAACAGAUCUCGGAGAGCAGUUUUGAGCACCCCCUGGUUCACACGAUGUGAAGUUCGCUGCUUUAAAUUUGUAAAUGGAAAAAUACGAAACCCACAGACACAAAACGGAGAGGUGUUUUCUGUUCGAUCUGUCCUCCUCUGACCCCCCCCAUAUCCCCCCGUCUCCUGUACCUACUCCCAGAUGUAUUAAACGUUCAUAAAAAGAGUUCGCUGUCACGAGCAAAAACUUUCAAAGAUGUUUUCUUUAUUUUAUUAAACUUGAAAGAUAUACCGUUCA